AUGGGGGCUGGGCUAUAUGAGUACAUCGAUCAAUCCACAGUCGAACCCACAAAGACCAUCAUGACCAAGAACUCCGAUGGGAAAGAAGAGAUCGUUUCCAACCCCGCCUACGACCCCUGGCUCAUCCAGGACCAACAGAUCGUGGCCUAUCUCUUCCGGAACCUCUCUAAGGAAGUUCUUGUUCAGGUUGCAUCCCUAGAAAAAUCCCACGCGGUCUAUUCAGCACUCGCUAACAUGUUCGCCGCCCAAUCCCUCUCCCGCGCCAGCAAUUGCCGCAUUGCCCUCUCAGACGCCCAAAAAGGCUCACAGAGUGCAUCUACUUACUUCGGUCAGAUGCGAGCCCUCUCUGAUGAGCUCGCUGCAGCUGGCAAACCCAUCAAGGACGAGGAGCUUCUCUCCUUCAUCAUCGGGGGGCUGGAUAUGGAUUAUCAGCCCCUCAUCUCGGUGUUGGAUGUCCGCGUGGAGCCCCUAACCGUGGAUGAUCUCUUCGGCAUGGUCUCAAAUUUCGACCAAUGA